CCUGUCUCUCGCCUCACUUCUCAUCCCUCUCCUAAAUUUCUCAGAUCCCCAAUUCCCUCCCCGUCGCAAUGUCGCUCAUCGUCGACAAAACCUCCGCCGGCCGGGAGUACAAGGUCAAGGACAUGUCCCAGGCCGACUUCGGCCGCCUCGAGCUCGAGCUCGCCGAGGUCGAGAUGCCCGGCCUCAUCUCCUGCAGGACCGAAUUCGGGCCCUCGCAGCCCUUCAAGGGCGCCAGGAUCACCGGCUCCCUCCACAUGACCAUCCAGACCGCCGUCCUCAUCGAGACCCUCACCGCCCUCGGCGCCGAGGUCCGCUGGUGCUCCUGCAACAUCUUCAGCACCCAGGACCACGCCGCCGCCGCCAUCGCCCGCGACUCCGCCGCCGUCUUCGCCUGGAAGGGGGAGACCCUCCAGGAGUACUGGUGGUGCACCGAGAGGGCCCUCGACUGGGGCCCCGGUGGCGGACCCGAUCUGAUCGUCGAUGACGGCGGUGACGCCACGCUCUUGAUCCACGAGGGUGUCAAGGCCGAGGAGGAGUUCGCCAAGUCUGGCAAGGUCCCCGAUCCGGCUUCCACGGAUAAUGCCGAGUUCCAGAUCGUCCUCACCAUUAUCAGGGACGGGUUGAAGGUUGACCCCAAGAAGUACCACAAGAUGAAGGAGAGACUAGUGGGUGUUUCUGAGGAGACCACCACUGGAGUCAAGAGGCUUUACCAGAUGCAGGCCAAUGGAACUCUUCUGUUCCCUGCUAUCAAUGUCAAUGACUCUGUCACCAAGAGCAAGUUCGACAACUUGUACGGUUGCCGUCACUCCCUCCCCGAUGGUCUCAUGAGGGCCACCGAUGUCAUGAUCGCCGGCAAGGUCGCAGUUGUCUGUGGUUAUGGUGAUGUCGGAAAGGGCUGUGCUGCCGCCAUGAAGCAGGCUGGUGCUCGUGUGAUCGUCACUGAGAUCGAUCCCAUCUGCGCCCUCCAGGCUCUCAUGGAAGGUCUCCAGGUGUUGACCCUCGAGGAUGUGGUCUCUGAGGCUGACAUCUUCUGCACAACCACCGGCAACAAGGACAUCAUCAUGGUCGACCACAUGAGGAAGAUGAAGAACAACGCCAUUGUCUGCAACAUUGGUCACUUUGACAACGAGAUCGACAUGCAAGGCCUCGAGACCUUCCCCGGUGUGAAGAGAAUCACAAUCAAGCCCCAGACCGACAGGUGGGUCUUCCCCGACACCAAGAGCGGCAUCAUUGUGUUGGCUGAAGGUCGUUUGAUGAAUCUCGGAUGCGCAACUGGCCACCCCAGCUUCGUGAUGUCCUGCUCGUUCACCAACCAAGUGAUUGCACAGUUGGAGCUCUGGAACGAGAGGUCCAGCGGCAAGUACGAGAAGAAGGUUUACGUUCUGCCCAAGCAUCUUGAUGAGAAGGUUGCUGCUCUUCAUCUCGGUAAGCUCGGAGCUAGGCUCACCAAGCUGACCAAGGACCAGUCUGACUACAUCAGCAUCCCGGUCGAGGGUCCUUACAAGCCUGCUCACUACAGGUACUGAGCAAUACCACCAAAAGGAGAGGGUUUGGAGAAGACCAGUGCGGUUUGUUUGGUUUGUUUUGCAUUCAGGAAAAGAACUCGGAUGAAUGGUUGUGUUUAGGUUUUUCUCUUUUAGAGUUGUGUUUUGUGGCUGGAAAGGGUAAUGGAUUGUUGGAGGAGGAGAGGAAUGGGUUGGGUCUUUUUGACCACAACGAGUUGGAAGAAUAAUGGUCGGAUAUCGGGAAUGGGGCUGUGUGAGAUAGAUUUUGGGUUUUUGAUUCUGCAAAUUCGGAUUUUGUGCCGCUGCUGCGUGCUGCGCCGGCUUAUCAUCAUUUUUUACCAGAAAAAGAUAGACAAAAUGAAGAUUUGUUGAGCUUCACUAUCAUGUCAUUGGAUGGUUGUUGCUGUCGUUUCAUGUGUGGCGAUACUGUCGUAUUCUUGGUUCCCAAGUCCCAACACAGCUGGUGCAAAGAUAUACCGGUAGGACAAGUACUAAUCUGCUUAGAAA